GAGCCGGGUCUUACGUAAAGGACGUAGGGGCGCCGAGGGAUAAGCGCGCUAAGUACGCCAAGCGCGUACGUCAUGUUCGGGAAUAGCAGUUAGGAAAGGCGUGCUACGCAUACGCCGUAAACAAGCGCUGAAUGUGCGCAAAUGACGUAAAGGGCUCCCUCCGCGGCCGCCAGGGGGCGCCACGUGACCAGCUGACAGGCGCGGGGGCGGGUGCGCACGUUGCGUAGAACAGCCGGGCAGCUGCGCAAACGGCGGAACGCGCUGCCUAGAGCGCAAGGUACGCGGGCGUGGAAGCGCGGCCGCCGCCGAGAGUGGUGAGCUGCGCCAGGAUGGCCCCGGCCCGCGACCGGCUGCACUUCCGCUUCCCCGGCUACGGGGACGGGGUUCUGCGGCGCAUGGACCAGCUGCGGGCGCAGCGGCGGUUCUGCGACGUGACCGUGCAGGUGAACGAGCUGCGGGUGCCGGGGCACCGCGUGGUCUUCGCCGCCUGCUCCCCCUUCCUGCGCGACCAGUUCCUGCUCAGCGACUCGCCCGAGGUGUCCGUCUCGCUCCUGCAGAGCCCCGCGAUCGGCCGCCAGCUGCUGCUCUCCUGCUACACCGGCUGCCUCGAGGUGCCGCUGCCCGAGCUGGUCCACUACCUGGCGGCCGCCUCCUUCCUGCAGAUGGGCCACGUGGUGGAGCGCUGCACGCAGGCCGUCGCCCGCUACCUGGCGCCCAGGGCCGGGGGGCAGCAGGCGGGCCGCGGGGAGGAGGAGAAGGGGGGCCCCCCCAGCCCCCUGCCCGCGCGGCGGCAGGACGGGGAUUUGCUGGCGGGCCGCAGCAGCCCCUCGUCCCCGGAGAUCUCCCUGCCCCUCGUCGACUCGGCCGCGCGGAGCAGCCGCAGCUCCCUGCAGGGCUGCGGCGACGAGCAGGUGGCGCCGGGGGGGCCCUGCCCCCCGCCGGGGGGGCCGUGGCGGGGCUGCCCCCUGCGCCGGCGCCCCCUGGAGCCGGCCCGGAAGGACAGGCCGGCGGGGCUGGGGGGGGCCAGGAAGGCGCCGGAGCUGGAGCGGCCCUACCGCUGCCCGCGCUGCGAGGGCCUGUUCCCCCAGCUGGCCGGCUUCGCGAGCCACGUGCGGGAGCACCGGCUCUUCCUCUGCCUGCGCUGCGCCAAGCUCUUCUCCCAGAAGAGCAACCUGACGCGGCACCUGCGGGUGCACUCCGGCUUCAAGCCCUUCCAGUGCCCCGUCUGCCGCAAGCGCUUCACGCAGAACGCCACGCUGCAGGACCACCUCAACCUGCACAGCGGCCGCAAGCCGCACCGCUGCAACUACUGCGCCGUGCACUUCACCCACAAGCCCGGCCUGCGGCGCCACCUCAAGGAGCUGCACGGCAAGAGCACCCUGCAGAACAGCCACGAGGAGAGCGAGGAGGUGGCUGGGGCCUGCGACUGAGGGCCGGGGCCGAGCCGCUGCCCUCGGACCGAGCCACGGGCUGCCCCAGGGAGGGGUCGCGGGGCCACAGACUGAGCCACGAGGGCUCACGGACUGGGUCACGGAGCCACGGGGUGCCCCGGGGAGGGGUCGCGGGGCCAC